AUGGUAACUCAGUUGGAUGAAAAUGUAAAAGAAAAAAAACAGUCAUCUAAAUAUAAACAAUGCAAAAAUGUUUUAAAAAUCAUUGGUGGAAUUCUUGUUGGUUUAAUUAUAUUUCUUCAUGCAUCUAUACCAUCUAUAUCAAGAAAGUUUUUUCCAUUAAUUGCAUAUUCUGCCAAUUAUUCUUGUCCAUGGUAUGUUCAAUCAAUCAAAUAUUCUUAUAUGUCAAUUGGUGGAUUAUUUUAUGCUGCAUUUGUGGGAAUGAUUGUCGAUUCAAUCAUUAAGUAUGAUCGACUUUACACGAAAUUAAACAUUGUAAAAUUAGAUGCCAAAAAGUAUUAUUAUGAUGUUGAAUCGAAUAAUGAUUUAAAUUUACUGUCUGAAAAAGGCUUGGGUAAUUUCCUAAUUCUAAUACGAUUCUUUCUUGGAAAUAUACAAGAAAACGACAAACGCCACGAUCUUCGGUUAAUGACUAUUACAUUUGCCUUUAUUAUCGAUUUAAAUCUUAGCGUAAUGGCAUUAAUACGAAUAUUAUUAUAUGAUAAUAUCACCCUAAAUCAUUUAUUAACAAUAUAUUCAUUAGCUGAUAUAAGUACAUUAUCAAUAUUUGUAAUAUUAUUCUUAAUUAUCGUUUCAAGAAUUAAUCAUAAAACGACCUACUGUGUUCUAAAACUAUUGAAAGAACUCAAACGUGAAGGUACGAAUCAAAUAUUACGAAUAGAAAAACGGACGAAAAAGGAAAGUAAGAAAGAAGAUCGUCAAAUGGGAAGAUGUGAUAUUGAAUUAUUACAAGUUGAUAAUGAAUAUUUGUCAGAUACGAUUGAGUAUUUCGAAAGUGCUAAGAAUAAAUACUCCAUUACAUUAUUUGGUCAGAUUAUCGAUAAAUCCUUGGUUACGAAAGUGGUUAUAUCAUUACUUGGUACUGCUGGUUCAGCCAUUUUUGGAUUAAUCGUAAAAGAAAUAUCUACAAACUUGCACAAAUAG